AUGACUGCCAAAGAUGGUCCUUCAUUGUGGGGCUUUGGAACAACAAAAACAUUUAAAAUUCCCAUUGAACAUUUGGAUUUCAAGUAUAUUGAAAAGUGUUCAGAUGUUAAACACUUGGAAAAAAUUUUUUAUGUGCUCAGGUCUGGUGAAGAAGGAUAUUAUCCUGAACUUACAGAAUUUUGUGAAGAGCGCCUUAAAUGCUUAGCUCCUCAAAGUAGAGCCUUGAGGAAAGAUAAGCCUGCAGCAACAGCAUUGAGUUUUACAGCAGAAGAAUGGGGGAAAAUUGAUGAUGAUAUAAAGAGCUGGGUCUCAGAAAUUCAAAAGGAGGAAAGUAAAAUGUGCUUUCAUGAAACAGGAACAUUUCCUGCCAUGGAAAAUAAUUUGCCUCCAGUUCGUAGUUCAAACAGCAGUCUUCCUGUUGGCCAGAAAAAGUAUUCUAAAAGUAAAUCAGCUAAAAAGAACAUUCCAAGGGAUUAUGCAGAAUGGGACAAAUUUGAUGUGGAAAAGGAAUGUUCAAAAAUUGAUGAAGAUUACAAAGAAAACACUGUGAUAAACAAGUCACAUUUAUCUAAACUUGAGACAAGGAUAGACACAGCAGGUCUAACUGAUAGGGAAAAGGAUUUUCUUGCUACUCGUGAAAGAGAAAAAGGAAAUGAAGCUUUCAACUCAGGGGACUAUGAAGAGGCUGUGAUGUAUUAUACUAGGAGCAUUUCCGUGCUUCCCACUGUGGCUGCAUAUAACAAUCGAGCUCAAGCAGAAAUCAAAUUACAGAACUGGAACAGUGCUUUUCAGGACUGCGAAAAGGUCUUGGCACUAGACCCUGGAAACUUAAAGGCUCUUCUGCGCCGUGCCACCACAUACAAAAAUCAAAACAAGCUUCAGGAAGCUGUGGAAGAUUUGAGGAAAGUACUAGAGGUGGAACCUGAUAAUGAUUUGGCUAAAAAAAACUUGUUAGAGGUUGAAGGAGAGCUGAAAAAUGCCAAACCUACGUCUAAGACACAAACCAAAGGGAAAAGGAUGCUUAUCCAGGAAGUGGAAAACUCUGAUGAUGAAGACAGAAGGGACAGUGGAAGAAAGCUGGAAGAAGGCAAUGGAGAUGCAAAGGCGGCGGAGCAGGCGGGCGCCAGGGAGCCGUGCGCCAUGGGCAACAUCCAGAAGAAGUUCACCGGCAGAGGCGAGGGCGGCCGGCGGCCGGGACGGUCGGGGCCCGGCGCCGACAACAAGCAGGGCCGGCCGCGGGCCUCCGAGACAGGGGGCGGCGCCAACGGCGCCCCCGAGGCCCUGAAGAACCAGGGCAACGAGCUGUUUAAAAGCGGCCAGUUCUCGGAGGCGGCGCUCAAGUACUCGGCGGCGAUUGCCCAGCUGGAGUCUGCAGGAAGUGAAAGUGCAGAUGAUCUAAGUAUCUUAUAUUCAAAUAGAGCAGCAUGUUACCUAAAAGAAGGAAACUGCAGUGGCUGCAUUCAAGAUUGUAACAGGGCUCUGGAACUGCAUCCAUUCUCAGUGAAACCUCUUCUGAGACGAGCAAUGGCUUAUGAAACUCUAGAGCAGUAUCGGAAAGCGUAUGUGGAUUAUAAAACUGUGUUACAGAUAGACUGUGGAAUCCAGAUAGCAAAUGACAGUAUUAACAGGAUAACCAGACUUUUACUGGAUCUGGAUGGCCCAAACUGGCGGGAGAAGCUGUCACCCAUCCCUUCUGUGCCCGCCUCCGUGCAAGUGCGUGCUUGGCGUCCUACAGCAGAGGGAGCCUCCGCCCACGCGGGUGAUUCUGACAGCCACCACCAACCAGGGUGCUCUGAUGAAAAAAGGUUUAGAACCCUAAAGGAAGAAGGAAAUCAAUUUGUAAAGAACAAAAACUACAAAGAUGCCCUUAAUAAAUACAAUGAAUGCCUAAAGAUUAGCAAGGAAUGUACCAUAUAUACAAACAGGGCUCUCUGUCACUUGAAGUUGUGCCAGUUUGACGAGGCGAAGCAGGACUGCGAUGAGGCACUGCAGAUGGACGAUGGGAACGUGAAAGCUUGCUAUCGACGGGCACUAGCGCACAAAGGACUCAAGAAUUAUCAGAAGAGCUUACAUGAUCUCAACAAAGUUCUCUUAUUGGACCCAAAUAUUGUUGAGGCAAAGACAGAACUGGAAGAGAUAACCAGACUUCUUAACAUUAAGGAUAAUGCAAGGCCAUUCAGCAAAGAAAAGGAGAGAAGGAAAAUUGAGAUUCAAGAGGUCGAUGAAGGUGGUGGAGAGAUGACUGGAACAGCCUCACCAACGGUCACGGCAGACUGCCAUGCUUCUGAAAAAGGAAAUGACAGCAAUGGGCCACUGGAACCCUGUGAAAAGCUUCAGAUCUGCAAGCCCAAUAAUGCUUAUGAGUUUGGUCAAAUUAUAAAUGCUAUAAAUACUCAGAAAGACAAAGAAGCCUGCGCAGAACUUUUAACUAUCACUGAGCCAAAAGAUUUGCCAGUGUUGCUGAGUAACAAACUUGAAGGAGACAUAUUCCUCCUCCUCAUUCACUCUCUGAAAAAUAGUCUUCUUGAUAAAGAUCCCUCUUUAGUGUACCAGCAUCUUUUAUAUUUGAGUAAAGCAGAGCGGUUUAAGAUGAUGUUGACACUGAUAAACAAAAGCCAAAAGGAGCAAAUUGGAAAGCUAUUUGAUGACCUUUUAAACACAUCAAAUAACCAGUUUACGUUAGAGGAGUUACAGGCCCUCAGGAGACAGUAUGAGCUUUAA